UCAAGCCCGGCCCUCUGUUUGUUCUUAUUUGUUAAAGGUGAAAGUCUGGCUUAACAGUCAUGCCAGCCCUAAAACAUAAAGCCGAAACACGCAAAUUGUAUUUCAAUUCGUUGCUUCAGGCAAUUAAAUUUUGCAUAUUGGAAAAGAAGAGCGUUCGAUCGACUGCCCAAGAGUAUGGGAUAGAUAAAAAUACUUUACGCCGUAAUAUUAAGAAAGUGGAAGAAAAUUAUGAUGAUAUCGCCAUAGUGGAGGAUGACGAGUUGUUGGAAUUCCUUCGUAUGUGUAGUAGAAAAACUCCAUGUAAUAUGAUUUUCACACCCUCCCAAGAAAAGGAUCUUGUUGAUUAUAUACUCAAAUAUGUUGAUCAUUAUCAUGGCUUGACCCUUGGUGAGGUGAAACAGUUGGCUUUCCAAUUUGCCAACAAGCUGAAACUAAAGUAUUUCUCUUCCUGGGAUGAUGAUGCCACAGCCGGUCCUAAGUGGUGUAGACUUUUUAUGAAACGUCAUCCAGAACUUACACUCAGACAUCCAGAGCAAAUAUCACUGAAUCGGGUCAAAGCUUUUUCCAAGCCAAUAGUUGAAAAAUAUUUCUCAAAUUUAGGCAAUCUGCUAGAGAAACACCUGUUCGGUUGCAAUGCCAUUUACAACAUGGCUGAAUGUGGUUUCUCAGCAGUUCCUUCUAAAAUGGGCAAAGUUAUAGUCUUGAAUCAGGGAAUCAGAAAAGUUGCAUCGGUCGAGACACUAGAGCGGGGCACAAUGUUAACCAUGGCCCUUACGGUCAAUGCUUAUGGCAAUUCUAUUCCUUCAUUCUUCCUAUUUCCCCGCAAAGAAAUGGAGACUGGAAACUGUUUAGACAAUGUUUUAGACGGAACUGUUGGUUUGGCCAAUGAAUCAGGUUUGAUGGGUCAGCCGGAGUUUGUUCAAUACCUAUGGCAUUUCAUUAGAUUUGUUAAUCCAUCAUUAGAACGGCCAGUACUUUUGCUUUUAGACAGUCACACUUCACAUUUAUCCGUCGAAGCACUUGAUAUUGCUUCUGAAAAUGGUAUACAUAUUCUCUCAUUUCCGCCAUAUUGUAGACAUAAAUUGAACCCAUUGGAAGUAUCUGUUUUUGGCUCACUCGAGAAUUAUUUCAUAUCUGAAUGUUCCACUUGGUCAACAAAAAACGACAAUAAGGUUUUUAAAAUCCAAAAUAUUCCCGAACUUGUAUGUGCCGCAUUGGACUCAGCCCUAAUGCCAAAGACAAUUAAAAUGGGUUUCACUGCAACGGGCAUUGCUCCAUAUAAUCCCAACAUCUUCAGUGACACUGACUUUGCGAAUUAUAGUAAUCCUUUUGAAGACAACGAAAGUGAACAACAAACCCGUAUUAUCCUUGUAGAUGCCGCAAAAAAAGAUGAUCACGAUGGAGAGGUAUUUAUUUAUCAUUCAUCGAUCUCAGAUGAAAUUGAUCCUUUGCAAGAUUUGGCUUUAAAAAGGGUUAAACGAAAACUAUCAAAGAAAAUAUUGCCAAACAAGGCAACAUCACCAUCUAAGCGUCACAAAGCAAAUGAUUCGCUGCCUUUAGAGGAAGAUUUUUGUAUCAUUUGCCUAAGUUUGUUGCCCACAAAUAUGACCUCCAUCAAUUCCACCAAAUGCUCCAUAUGCCAACUACCAGUUCAUCUGAAAUGUGCAACAGAAACUAGCUUUACUUGCAAAAUUUGUGAACAUUUGGAGGAUGGUAAUAAGGAUAAAUUCAAUUAUCUAUUAAAGACUUAAAAAUUUAAAAUUUUGUGUGGCCUUUGUUUCAAAUGUAUUAUUUUAUAGAACCACAUUUACUAUAAAUAUUAAAAAAACGUAUAAAGAAAAUUCUUAUAGUACCUAUAACAUAUAACUACCUCUUCAGAAACAAAAAUGCAAAUGGGUU